AUGCCCAGCAAGUACGGUUUGGGCGCAUUUGCGAUCAAAAAUAUGAAAGCAGGGGAAUAUAUCGGCGAGUAUACCGGCGAACACCUCACCGGGCCGGCUGCUGAAGCCAUAGAUCCGCUUCAGAAGUACAGUAACCUGAACUACGCAUUUGGAGUGUAUGACGACAUUCUGGACUCGUGGCAUGCAGGCAAUGAAACGCGAUAUUUGAACGACAGUAAGCCUGAUAUGCCGAAUUGUAAUGCAAGAUUGAUGAUUGUGGACUUUGCGCCCCGCAUUGUCAUUGAAACUCUUACGAAUGUUGCGGCUGGGGAGGAGCUGACGUUGGGAUACGGUGAUGAUUACUGGAUAAACAAGAUCCAGAAGGAACCAGAACAGUCUAGUGAAAAAGAAACUGGCGGAAAUCACGAGGAAAUUAGUGACAGGUCGGAUAUGAGCGAGUAG